CGUUUCCGACAGCUAGGGUAUCGCAGUGUCUAUCUCUCUGGAAGUGCUUCAAAACUUUGUGAAUAUGUCGGAAUUCGACAGUAACCCGUUUGAAAACCCCGUUGAUGUCAAUCCUUUUCAGGAUCCUUCAGUUACACAGGUGACCAACUCUGGAGCGGACCAGAUAACGCAAUUCAACCCUUUUGCAGACAGCACUACAGGCACCACCAUCCCUGCCUCUGCUGCCCCGUCCCAGCCUGCAGUGCUGCAGCCCUCUGUGGAGCCUAGCCCUCAGGCCACGGCUGCCGCUGCACAGGCCAACCUGCUGAGACAGCAGGAGGAGCUGGAGAGGAAGGCUGCAGAGCUAGACCGCAGAGAACAAGAACUGCAGAACAGAGGAGCCGCCGCUGGUACUGGUACUGUAACGCAAAUUCACAGCAGAGAAAACAAUUGGCCGCCUCUCCCUAGGAGCUUUCCCAUAAAGCCAUGCUUCUACCAGGACUUUUCUGAGGAAAUCCCAGUGGAGCACCAGAGGUUGUGCAAGAUGCUGUACUACCUGUGGAUGUUCCACUGUGUGACAUUGUUUCUGAACCUGCUGGCUUGUCUGGCUGCCUUCACCACUAACUCAAACAAUGGCGUGGACUUUGGCCUUUCAAUCCUCUGGUUUGUCCUCUUCAGCCCAUGCUCCUUCCUCUGCUGGUUCAGACCUGCCUACAAGGCCUUCAGGUCUGACAGCUCCUUCAAUUUCUUUUUCUACUUCUUCGUUUUUUUCUUCCAAAUAGCCGUGUUUGUUAUUCAGACUGUUGGCAUUCCUGGCUGGGGAAACAGUGGUUGGAUUGCUGCCAUGGCUCACUUCUCUGGGGACCAUAAGGCUGUGGGGAUAGUGAUGAUGGUCGUGGCCGUGUUCUUCACAGUCUGCGCUGCGCUGUCCGUCGUCUUACUGAAGAUGGUGCACUCUCACUACCGCCACACCGGUGCCAGCUUCCAGAAGGCCCAGCAGGAGUUCUCGCAAGGCGUGAUGUCCAACAGAGCUUUCCAAAGUGCUGCAUCCACAGCAGUCUCCUCCGCCGCUCAGAGCAGCUUCCAGAGGAACUAGAGCCCAGCUGCAGCGGGCCACGGCCAGACAUCGCCAUCUGCACCGCAGUCAAUCGGAUCCAAAGAGCUCAGCUCCACAAACACCUGGGUGCUUCGGUGGCUGCUUUAGGGCUAUGGAUCUAAACCAAAUCAGCUUUGGGCAAAUGACUGCUAAACCUCACCUUUGGAAUUUCAUCCAUUUUGUGUAACUAUAGGUAUGAAGUUAAAAUGCUCACAGUUAUGUGUAUAUUUGUAUGUAUGUUUUUGUCUCCUUUUUUUUUUUUUUUCUUUUUGCUACCUGCUAAUGCUGUAUGUGUUCUAAUUGUAAUUUGUCCCAUUUCGCUGCUUCAUGGAAGGUACGGGACUUGGAAAAAAACCGUCUAAAUAUGUGGAAUUGAAGAAAAUUGCAGUUCUAAAAGAUAUGUGAGGUUAGACUUAGCAUUUACUUAACAUGAAACUUGCUUAGACAUGGUUGACAGUGCCAUUAAGUGCAGAAUUGAUAAUUAAUAUACAAAUUAAUGACCUCAAAAUUAUGUGCCUUCUUUAA